AUGUGUCACGGAGCUUCAUCCUCAAGUCUUUGCAACAAGAGGAGGCUCUUCAUCGCAUCUAGUACGCUUUCAGGAGGUGAUGACUCGUCUCUUAAUAGAUCGUCCUCUUCCUAAUGACAACUUAUUUGUCGAUCAAUCAAAGAUGAUUUACUUGAUAAAUUUGUGAUUCUUUUAUCAUGAAUCAUUCAUUAAUUUUAGUAACAAUGCCCUGUAAAUCAUGUUGAUAAGAUUUUCGCCGAUGAUCCAACAAUUCUGACGGCUUAAUCUUUCACCUACAAUCUAUAAGAAAGUCUCGAUAAUUAGAUAAAAAUAUGAGUUUUGACUCUGGAAGGAUUUGAAUCCAUGUCGAUUGCCCACCUACAUGAGUGAUAUUAAAAUAAGUACUCUAAAGCCUUUAUCAAGUGACGUCAUCAUGGUAUAUCUCUAUUAUAACUAAAGGAUACUUUAAGUAUUAAAAUCUUCAAAGCCUUUUCGGAGAAGGUGUGACGCAAGUUUAGUCCCACAUCAUUUGUGCGUUGAAGUUUUUGACAAAUAUAUAGUAAUAUCAUAUUUUCAAGUAAUGAGUCCUUUUCUACUACGUAUACGAUCACUCCUUGCCCCAUAGCCAAUUAGCCACUAGUGAUUUAGUUAAUCUCCCUCAAGUUACACUGAAAAUUAUUAAGAUGAAAUUAUUUCCUCAUACACUUAGGGACAAAGAUAGUCAUUAGCUAUCCACAUUAAAUAGAGAAUUAACUAGUUGGAAAGAUAUAGAACAGGCCUUUCUUCAAAAAAUUUAUCCCUUAAGAAAAACUCAAAAUAUGAGGAAACAUAUAUGGAGUUUUUCUCAAAGACCAGGAGAAACUUUGCAUGAGACAUAGGAAAAAUUCAAAGAUUUACUUAGGAAGUGUCCUCAUCAUGCUAUACUCAAGUGGCAGCUCAAUAGAAUUUUUUAUGAUAGAUUAUUAGAACAACAUAGAAAUAUGAUUGAUUCUAUAUGUGGAGGAGCUUUUAUGGAGAAAACUCAUGAUGAGAUUUAUAAUCUUUAUGAGAAUUUAAGUGAAAAUUCUAGAGAUCAAGUCUCUUUUGAAUUAUAUGAUAGGGAUAAGAAGAGAGGAAUUUAUGAAUUGCAUCAUGAUGAUGAUUCUAAACUUAAAAAUGAGAUUAAUCAAAUUAAUCAAAGAUUAAAAAAAAUUGAUUUACUUAUUGACAAUAUUAGAAAACCUUUUAACCCUCAACUUAAUUCGAAUAGUACAUGUCCUCUGUAUGGUGAAAAUGAUUAUUCUGAAUUGUAAUGUUAUAAUUUAGAUCAAUCAUUUCACCCUAUGUAAGAACAAGUGCAAGUAGCUCAUGGUUUUAAUAGAAACAUGGAACCUUUUUUAAAUUCUUAUAAGCCUAAUUGGAGGAAUAAUUUUUCAUGGAGAAACCCAAAUAAUAUUCAAAAUUCAGAAGCACUUAGACCCAAUUCAAACUCUGAAUUUCAUCCAAAACAAGAAAAUAGAUUUCAGAAAAAUCAGCCCUCUCAAACCCAACUUGAUACUAUGGAAAUGAUGCAGCAAAUGAGCCAAAUGAUGCAACAAACUAUGAACCAAAUGAUACAACAAACUAUGAAUCAAAUGAUGUAGCACCAUAAACAAAUUAUAGAGGCCCUUGGGAAUAAGAGAGAAGAGGGACAGCUAUCUAGUCAACCCAUAGAAAAUCCAAGGAACUACCCAACAAUAGGAUUUCAGCAAGGGGAGUCUAGUAGAAUAAAUCUAGGAAAAAACCCACUAAAUGAAAAUGUUAGGACAGUGAAUGCAUUAAGGAGUGGUAAGAUCUUACUUGAUCUUUAUCCCCAAACAUUAGAAGAAAAAGAAAACGUGAACAACUCAAAACAAAAUCAAAUAGGAGUAGAAGAAGAUUUUAUAGAUUCGACUAAGGAAAUUUUGAAAGAGAUGACAACCAUUUCAUUUCCUAAAGCUCUAGAGCCUAGACAAAAAAAGAAAAAGAAACACAAUAAAGAAAUAAAGAAAAUUUUACAAGAUGUGCAAAUUAGUCUUCCUUUACCCACUACCAUUGAACAUAUUCCUGAAUAUGCUAGAGUUUUGAAAGAAAUGUGUACACCAAAAAGGGCACAUAGAGUAGAAAAAUUAUCUAUGCAUACUAGUGCAUUAUUAUUAAAUCAAUUACCAUAUAAAUUGAGAGAUAUAGGUGCCCCUUUAAUUUCGUGUGAUAUUGGUAGAUCUAUUUUUCAGAAUACAUUACUUGACACCGGUGCUAGUAUUAAUUUAUUACCUGCAAGUAUUUGUGAUAAAUUUAAUAUUUUUGAUCUUAAACCUUCUACUGUUACCUUACAAUUUGCUGAUAGAUCCAUAAAACAUCCUAAAGGUAUUUUAGAAAAUGUGAUAGUAACAAUUAAAGGGUGUAAAUUUCCAACUAAUUUUGUAGUGCUAGAAAUAGAUUUUAAUAGACAGUUUUAUGAUACACCAAUCAUCCUAGGGAGACCAUUUUUGCAUACAAAAAAGAUGAAUAUUGAUUUUCCUAUAGAUAUUGCGAAAAUUUUAUGUGGAGAUCAAUCAGUAGAAAUUAAAAUUUUUGAGGUACCAAAUGAUCUUAAGAAAUCACAAGUAUAUGAUUGUCAUAUCAUAGAUCUUCUAGAUGAUUUUGAUGAUCCAUAUGUUGAUGAUGAUUGUGUGCUAGAAGAAUUAGAGAAAAUAGAGAAUAUAAAUUUGGGAGAAAAGAAAGAGGAAGAUCAUCUGAAUUUAGAGUUGAAACCUCUUCCUUCUAGUUUAAAAUAUAUGCUUUUGGAGGAAAAUGAUUCAUUUCUUGUUAUUAUUGCAGCUGAUUUGAGUGAUGAAUAGAAAGAAGAACUAUUAGAUGUACUUCAAAAAAAUAAGAAGGCUAUGGGCUGGAAAAUGGACGAUCUAAGGGGCAUUGAUAUUAGUGUAUGCAUGCAUAGUAUAUAUCUAGAGGAGGGGGCUAGAACUACUAGGGAACCACAAUGAAGAUUAAAUCCUAACAUGAUGGAAAUUAUAAAAAAAGAAAUUUUAAAGUAACUGGUUGUUGAUAUUAUUAAUCUUAUUUCAGAUAGCAAAUGGGUUAGUCCUACACAAGUAGUGCCAAAAAAAUCAGGGAUCACAGUUAUAAAAAAUGAAAAUGGGGAUGAAAUACAAACAAGAUUAACUACUAAUUGGAGGGUUUGUGUUGAUUAUAGAAAAUUAAAUUCAGUUACUAGAAAAGAUCAUUUUCUCCUACCAUUUACUGAUCAAAUUCUAGAAAAAUUAGUUGAAAAAACUUUUUUUAUUUUCUAGAUGGAUACUCUAGUUAUAAUCAAAUUUAUAUAAAUCCUUUAGAUCAAGAAAAAACAACUUUCACUUGUCCAUUUGGUACUUUUUAAACAAAUGUCUUUUGGUCUGUGUAAUGCUCCAACCACAUUUUAAAGAUGUAUGUUAUCUAUUUUUUCUGAUAUGAUUAGAAAAUGCAUGGAAAUUUUUAUGGACAAUUUUUCUAUUUUUGGUGAAUCAUUUGAUGAAUGCUUAAAUCAUUUACAGCAUGUACUUGAGAAAUGCAUAGAGAAAAAAUUAGUUUUGAGUUGGGAGAAAUCACAUUUUAUGGUUAAAGAGGGAGUUGUGUUAGGUCAUAUUGUGAGUGAAAGGGAUUUAGAGGUGGAUAGAGCAAAAAUUGAUAUUAUAUCUAAAAUGAAACCUUCAAAUUCAGUAAAAUAGAUUAGAUCUUUCUUGGGUCAUGUAGGUUAUUACAGAAAAUUUAUUCAAGAUUUUUCAAAAAAUUUUAAACCUCUCACCAUGCUAUUAUCUAAAGAUGUGUCUUUUAAUUUUGGUGAGAAAUGUUUUGAGUCUUUUUCCGAAAUAAAAAGAUUACUUACUGAGGCACCCAUUUUACAAGCUCUUGAUUGGUUCAUUCCCUUUGAAAUAAUGUGUGAUGCAUCGAAUUAUGUAGUGGGGGCCAUUCUAAGACAAACAAAAGAGUCAAAACCCAUAGUAAUUUCAUAUGCUAGUAAAACUAUAUUUGAUGCUCAAUUAAAUUAUACCACGACUGAAAAAGAGUUGUUAGCUAUAGUAUUUUCGUUAGAAAGGUUUAGAUCAUAUAUUUUGGGAGCUAAAACUGAUCAUGAGUAUUAAAAUAUUUGUUAAAUAAGAAAGAUGCAAAGCCACAUUUAUUAAGAUAGAUUUUAUUAUUACAAGAAUUUGACUUAAAAAUAAAAGAUAAAAAAGGUUUCGAGAAUGUUGUUGCUGACCAUCUUUUUAGAUUAAGUGAUACAAGAAUAAAUGCAGCUCCUUUACAAGAUGUAUUUCCAGAUGAACAAUUGAUGACAGCUCAACAUCAACCAUCCCCAUGGUAUGUACAUAUUGUUAAUUUUCUGGUUUCUAUAAAAACUCUAAAAUAGUGGAAUAAGAACAAAAACAUCAUUUCUUAUCUAAGAUUAGAAAUUAUUUUUGACAUGAUCUUGAUUUAUAUUACUUAGGCAAUGAUCAAAUUUUAAGGAGAUGUGUUCCUGAAGAAGAAUACCAUAAUAUUAUUAACAUGUGCCAUUCAUCUAACUAUGGAGGACAUUUCUCUCAAUGAAAAACAGCUACAAAAAUUUUUCAGUGUGGUUUUUAUUGGCCUACAAUCAUUAGAGAUUCUAUAGAAUUUAAUAGAACAUGUAUUUCAUGCCAAUCUAUAGGUAAUAUGAGUAAAAAAGAUGAAAUGUCUAUGAGUAACAUAUUAGUAGUCGAAAUUUUUGAUGUAUGAGGAAUAGAUUUCAUGGGUCUUUUCCCAUCAGCUGAAAAAUAUGAAUAUAUUUUACUUGCUGUUGAUUAUGUGUCGAAGUGGGUGGAAGCUCUUCCUACUAGAACUAAUGAUCAUAAAAUCGUGAUGAAAUUUGUGUAGGAAAAUAUUUUUUCGAGGUUUGGAUGUCCUAGAGUGAUUAUUAGUGAUGGAGGAAUACAUUUUACAAAUAAACAUUUCAAGAAACUGUUGAAAAAGAAUGGAGUACACCAUAGAGUAGCCACUUCAUAUCAUCCCCAAACAAAUAAGCAAGUUGAAGUAGCAAAUAAGAAAAUUUAGAGAAUUUUGAGAAAAAUAAUUAGACCAGAUAGGAAAGAUUGGCCCACAAAAUUACAAGAUGCAUUAUGAGCUUAUAGAAUAGCUUAUAAAAAUCCCAUAAGUAUGUCCCCAUUUCGUCUCAUUUUUGGAAACCCAUGUCAUCUUCUUGUGAAAAUAGAGCAUAAAGCAUUAUGGGCUAUAAAAAAUUUAUGUAUGGAUGAAAAAUCAGCUGGUAGGCAUACAAUUUUUCAGCUACAUGAAGUAGAGGAGUUGAGAAAUGAAGCUUAUGAAAAUCAUAGAAUAUAUAAAGAAAAAACUAAAACUUUUCAUGAUAAAUAUAUUAGCAGAAAAAAAAUUGAUGUUGGACAAAAAGUGUGGUUAUAUGAUUCUAAGCUGAAAUUAUUCUCAGGAAAAUUAAAAUCAAAAUAGAAAGGGCCUUAUGUGGUGGAAGAGACAUAUGAUCAUGAGACUGUAAUGAUUAAAGAUCUUAAAAGUGAUCAUAACUUUAAGGUAAAUAAACAACAGCUUAAACAUUACAUAGAACAUGAACGCCUUGUAGAAAAGGAAAUUUCAUUAUUAAAAGAAAUUCAAGAGUAAGAUCAAGGAGUUCAGUUGAAGACAUUAAAUUUAGCGCUACAUGAGAGGCAACCCAUGGUUUUUAUUUCAUUCUAUUUGAUUUUUUAAAAUUCUAUUUUCCUUAGAAUUUUGUAGUACUUGUUUCUGUAUUUAUUUAUUUUUUUUGAAAAAGUGCAGGAGGAAGAGUGUAAGAUGAAGUGGAAAAUUAAAAAUGAGGUUGAGGUGAUAUCUUUCUGAGCUUCAUCAUUUAUGAAAAUAUUUUUAAUGCUUAACUUUGCAGAUAUGCAUGCUUCACUUGAAAAUUAUAUUUUCUGCAUAUUAUGUUUCGAUUUUUCUGUGUCAUUGAGGACAAUGUCAUUUUUAAGUUGGGGGGUGAAGUAUUCAUUAUUAAUUUAUGUUGUAGGACGAUUAAGAACAUGUGUUUGUAUUUUAUUCAACUUAGAAUAGUAACUAAAAAAGUAAAAAUAAAAUAAAAUUCAGAAAAACUACAACAUCUAUUUUUUGAUUUUCUGUCAGAGACAACAGACUGUCAAAAAUAGUAGACAAAAAACAGCCUAAAGUUUGAAAUUCUAGAAGACCCUUUUCUCACAUUUCAAUCCACUAGAUAUAUAUUACUGAAAUUCGAAAUUAUAGCUAUAAAGAGGAUAAUUUUGACUUAUUUUUGAUAAAUUUAUUGUUGUUAAAAAUAGAACUGAAAACAAAAAACAGAAUUGUCAAAACUAUCUAAUUUACAAAUUCCUUACAUCAUAUUGCAUGCAUGAAAAAUUAAAUCAAUUAGAUUGAUUGAUACCAAAAGAUACUAAGAAGAUUAUUAUUGAGUCAAAAGAAUGAUCUAGUAGCAUGAAAUAUUGGAAUACUCCUUGGAUACAUGAUAGAUAACAUGGAUUUGAUUUUACAGAUUUUCACUUCAUGAUCUUGAUGGAUAGUAUUUACUUGAUGUGAAAAUUUAAUUGAUCAUUUGAGUUUAAUGGAGAUUUUUGCACCCUAAUCUAUAAGACUUGUGAGGAGAAAUCACUUAUUUCGAAAAAAAGAAGAAGAGAGAGUAACGUGAAAAAUCUAAAAACAAAGAGUACACAUGGAGGUUGUGAGACACCAUUCUCACUGUCGAAAAUCAUGCAUAGAAAAACACUUGCUGAAAAAUAAGUGGAUAAAGUGAAAGCCCUGAAAAUGAAGAAUACAUAUGGAGGGUGUGAGACAUCAUUUUUAUUGUCGAAAUUUGUUUACAGGAAAAACUACUUAUCUACUAUAUAUAAAAAAAAGAAAAGAAAGAAGAAAUAUAGUGCAAACUUCAAAAAUCAAGUCAUAGAAAAAGGAAAAUAUAGGAUCAAUAUUAUUCUUAGAUGAGUAUUGAUAAUUAAAACAUCUUAUAAAUACAUCUAUGAGUGAAGAAGUGAUAAAAAUGUGAAUAGAAGAAGUGAAGUCUAAAUUGUUACUAAAAUUUAUGAACGAUUUGCAAUAAAAGGAUCGCGAAUCCAUUGAGUAAAUCAUCUUUGAUUGAUCGACGAACAAGCCGUCGUCAGGAAGAGGAUGAUCUGCUGGGAGAUGAGCCACCAUCUCCUAAGAGUGUACCAGAUGCGAUGAAGAGCCUCCUCUUGCUGUGCGGACCUAAGGAUGAAGCUCCCUGACAUGUGCACCACUUCUAUUCAACUCCUCUCCGUUGGGUGACAGUUGUUGGAGAGCCACAAAGUUGUUGUUUUUCCGCUCCGCCGAGUAACAGCCGCCGGAGACGACUCGACGACCCAUUUCAUUAAUCUCUAGACUUCACGAGAAGAUCUAGAUAUUGCCCACAUUGUCUUUGUCCAAGGAGAGCCUUCGAGGUCAUAGACACUACACGACGAUCCUCCCAAAUGCUCAAGAUUUCGGUACAUUACCGAUGCAUCACCGUCACGACGCUAGAACUCUAUUUUCCUACUUUCAAUUUACUUUACACUUCAUUUAGUGAUAAUUUUUGUGUUUUUAAUUUACCAAAAUAUACUUUGUUCUAUUACGAUUCUUCUUGCUUUUACAGAUCUUAAUUUGAUUAAUUAAAUCAUCUGUAAUUGCUUACGUAAGAAUCAUCAGGUGGAAUUCUAUUUUUGCCUGAUUCGCAUUCGUCGGGUGCUGACAUCAUCUUGAUGUUCGCACCCUUAUUUUCUUUUUUUAUGAAUUUUAAAUAUAUUUCCUUUUCAAUUCUUAAUAUAAAAUUCAUAGAAAAUCGUAUUCUUUGAGGAAAAUUCUGAGUAAUUACUAGAUAUUAUAUUACAUCUUUGUGAUCAACCUAGAAAAUUAUUGCUAUUUUUAGAAGUUUUAUUAAAUUAUUAAUAAUAUAUUUAUUCAUAAAUACUUCUAAAUAUCUAAAAAUUUGUAUUUUCUAGUUUUAUAGAUUUUAUAUUUGUGUGAUUUAAUAUACAAUGACUGAGUCAACCAAAGCUACUUAACUACCUCAAAAGUGUAGCUAUGGGGGACUAAGAAGUGGCAACAGGGCAAAUAGAUGAAACUAAACACAAGAAUAAGAAGGAAGGAUAAUUCAAGAGAAGGAACAACUAGAGAAUGACAAGGAACAUAACUUAUCAGCCCCAACUAGAGAAUGACUUGGAUCACAGAAUUAGAAGAGAAGCAAAUAAAAUCCCCAUGAGAGGUCCCCACCUUGGAGACCAUGGUAGCUAGCCCCUAGUCCCUUAACUAAUUCAGAUGAAAGUUUAUCUUCCUUAAUGCUUUGUAGUCUUGCUAACUCAUAAACUAUUAUUGUUAAUCUUGGAGAUAGAAAGCAUAGGAAGGAGGUGUUAGGUCCCCAAUAGUUGGGGAGUACCCAAAGUCAUGAGAAGCAAUCAUGAGGAGAUCAUGGAGGUCGACUUGGGGUCCAAGGAGGAAGUAGGAGAGAAGGGGGAAAGUUUAGGCAAGAAAGUCCAAACAAACUGGUGUGAGGGUGAGUCUUUAAAUACCUCUUGGAAUAGAGAGGAAAUAGUAAGGAAUGGGAUAAGUGGACCUAAAUUGUCAUAUGCAGCAAUUACCUACAGUCAACACUUAAGACCUCAAUUUGUGGACUUAACGUCAUAGAAGAUGCCCUGUGUCCAAGACGGAGUCCAAACCAUAGAGUUUUCGAGGGAGGUAAACCAGUUGGCUGCCCAAUUUAGGGAGGCAAUGAUAAGUCUUCAUUAUCAUGAGUUAAUAAUUAGUAAAUAAUAUAGUUUUAGCCUUAACUCAUGAUAAAUAGACUUAUAUUUGUGUUAAAGCAUGAAAAGUGGUUUUCAGUUGAUUAACGUGAAUUUUUGGGUAAUUAUAUGAUUUUAUACGAUUUUUACAGUCUUAGUUUUGAGAUAAACGAAGAACAAGAAAUAAAAAUAAAAAUAUUGCAAAAUGGGGAGACCCGCCGGCCAGCCGGGCCCGCAAGCGGGUCGGAAGCGCAGUCGGGGAGUAGCCGCGAGCAGGGGCUCGAGCAGCUUGCUUGGAUCGAUAGGGGCACGUGUGCGCCACUCCCCUUCCACGUCACCGGUGGUCAACCGGCUGUGGGGCAAGGAGUGGUCGUACACGCGAGAGGAUUUUGCCUACAAAGCUAACUUUACUAUAUAUUCGCCCAAAUAAUCCGCGCACAACCGAUGUGGGACUAAACCCGCGUCACACCUUGUUCAAGGGCGGGCGACCGCCGCGGGUUCGAAUCCUCCCAGAGUCAAAAUUCAUAUAUUUUUAACUGAUUAUCGCGACUUUCCUGCAGAUCGCCGGUGAAGGAUUAAGCAACCGGAAUCGCUGGAUCAUCGGCGAAAAUCUCGUCAACGCGAUUCGCGGAGCAUUGCUACUAAAAUUUCUGAACGAUUCGCGAUAAAAGGAUCGCAAUCCAUCGAGUAAAUCAUCUCCGAUUGAUCGACGAACAAGCCGUCGUCGGGAAGAGGACGAUCCGCCGGGAGACCAGUCGCCACCUCCUGAGAGCGUACCAGAUGCGAUGAAGAGCCUCCUCUUGCUGCGCGGACCUGAGGAUGAAGCUCCCUAACACGCGCCUCACCUCCAUCCAGCCCCUCUCCGUCGGGUGACAGCCGCCGGAGAGCCGCAAAGUCGCCGUUUUUCCGCUCCGCCGGGUGACAGCCGCCGGAGACGAUUCGACGACCCACUUCAUUGGUCUCUAGACUUCGCGAGAAGAUCUAGAGAUUGCCCACGUCGUCUUUGUCCAAGGAGAGCCUUCGAGGCCGUGGACACUGCACGACGACCCUCCCGAACGCUCAGGAUUCCGGUGCAUCGCCGACGCGUCGCCGUCGCGACGCCGGAACUCUGUUUUCCUGCUUUAUCUAGAGAUUGCCCACGUCGUCUUUGUCCAAGGAGAGCCUUCGAGGCCGUGGACACUGCACGACGAUCCUCCCGAACGCUCAGGAUUCCGGUGCAUCGCCGACGCAUCGCCGUCGCGACGCCGGAACUCUGUUUUCCUGCUUUCAAUUUAAUUUACGCUUCAUUUAGUGAUACUUUGUUCAUUUUUAUUUACCAAACUAUACUUUGUUCAACUACGAUUCUUCCGGCUUUUACAGAUCUUAAUUUGAUUAAUUGAGUCGUCUGUAAUCGCCUAUAAUCGCCGGGCGGAACUGUGUUUCCGCCUGAUUCGCGUUCGCCGGGCGCUGACGUCAUCCUGACGUCCGCACCCUUAUUUCCUUUUUUUUUCGUGAAUUUUAAAUAUAUUUCCUUUUUAUUUCCUAGUAUAAAAUUCGUAAGAAAAUCGUACUCAUUGAGAAAAAUUCUGAAUAAUUACCAGAUAUUAUAUUACAUCCCUGUGAUCGACCUGGAAAAUUACCGCUAUUUUUGGAAUUUUUAUUGAAUUAUAAUUGAUAUAUUUAUUUAGAAAUACUUCUAAAUAUCCGAAAAUUCGUAUUUUCUAGUUUUAUAAAUUUUAUAUUUGCGUGAUUUAACAUACAACGACUGAGUCACGUCAAAUUUUGGCGCCGUUGCCGGGGAUGUAUUGCAUAAUAUUUAGUAUUUUUCUGUUUUUCUCUUAGAGUACACAAAAAAAAAAACUUUACUCUUGUUUUAUUUUCUUUUUGCCGAUUUUUAUUAGAAAAAGGGAACGAAAAGAAGCACGGCAAGGACUGGAGCAUCCUGAAGGAGGGUAACAGUUACUAACUUUUUCCCUUGAAUUUAUUGAUUUUUAUGCAUGGUAGAAGAUCCUUGCAUCCAAGGCUAGAAAAUCCUUUCAUUAUUUCAUUCAAAAAUAAAAAUCCGAAAGAAAAAUUAAUUUUGAUGGAUCCUGAAGGAAGUACAGGUCAAACUGAGAACAAUCCUAUGGCCAUGAAAAAUCAUUAUAUCCCUGAUUCAUUUCAAAGAGCAUCUAAUAUUAGAGUCCCAUUAGCACCCACUGUUAAAUUCGAAAUAAAUCUAGGAAUUUUUCAAAUGCUCCCUAAUUUUCAUGGAUUGCCUUUAGAGGAACCUCAUCAGCACUUAGAAAAAUUUCAUAUGGUCUGUGAUUUAGUUAAUCUCCCUCAAGUUACACCAGAAAUCAUUAAGAUGAAAUUAUUCCCUCAUACACUUAGGGACAAAGCUAGUCAUUGGCUAUCCACAUUAGAUAGAGAAUUAACUAGCUGGAAAGAUAUAGAACAGGCCUUUCUUCGAAAAUUUUAUCCCUUAGGAAAAACUCAAAAUAUGAGAAAACAUAUAUGGAGUUUUUCUCAAAGACCAGGAGAAACUUUGCAUGAGACAUGGGAAAAAUUUAAAGAUUUACUUAGAAAGUGUCCUCAUCAUGCUAUACCCAAGUGGCAGCUCAAUAGAAUUUUUUAUGAUGGAUUAUUAGAACAACAUAGAAAUAUGGUUGAUUCUAUAUGUGGAGGAGCUUUUAUGGAGAAAACUCCUGAUGAGAUUUACAGUCUUUAUGAGAAUUUAAGUGAAAAUUCUAGAGAUCAAGCCUCUUUUGAAUUAUAUGACAGGGAUAAGAAGAGAGGAAUUUAUGAAUUGCAUCAUGAUGAUGAUUCUAAACUUAGAAAUGAGGUUAAUCAGAUUAAUCAAAGAUUAGAAAAAAUUGAUUUACUCAUUGACAAUAUUAGAAAGCCUUUUAACCCUCAACUUAAUUCGAAUAGUACAUGUCCUAUGUAUGGUGAAAACGAUUAUUCUGAAUUUCAAUGUUAUAAUUUAGAUCAAUCAUUUCAUCCUAUGCAAGAACAAGUGCAAGUAGCUCACGGUUUUAAUAGAAAUAGGGAAAAUUUUUCAAAUUCUUAUAAUCCUAAUUGGAGGAAUAAUCUUUCAUGGAGAGACCCAAAUAAUAUUCAAAAUCCAGAAGCACUUAGACCCAAUUCAAACUCUGAAUUUCGUCCAAAACAAGAAAAUAGAUUUCAGAAAAAUCAGCCCUCUCAAACCCAACCUGAUGCUAUGGAAAUGAUGCAGCAAAUGAGCCAAAUGAUGCAACAAACUAUGAAUCAAAUGAUGCAGCACCAGAAACAAAUUAUAGAGGCUCUUGAGAAUAAGAGAGAAGAGGGACAGCUACCUAGUCAGCCCAUAGAAAAUUCAGAAAACUGUCCAACAGUAAGAUUUCAGCAAGAAGAGUCUAGCUGGAUAAAUUUAGAAAAAAACCCACGAAAUGAAAAUGUUAGGACAGUGAAUAUAUUGAGUGAGAAUAUUUUACCUGAACCUUAUUUCCAAUUAUUAGAAGAAAUUGAUGAUCCAUUAGAAGUAAAUGAGAAUAUUAAGGCCAAAAAUGUAGUAGCAGAAAAUUUGAAUAAAAUCAGUUAUUGCUCACAAUUGAUGAAUGAAUAUAGUGAGGAUGAUGAGGAGAAAGAACCCUUAGAUGAAGAAACAGCAACUGAUCAUAGAAAAAUCAUCCAAAUUUUAGUAGAAGGGAGUAAGGACAGAAAUGAAGAAAAAUAUAUUUCAAGUGAGGAAAAAUCAACUGAUUUGGGAGAUGUAGGAGACGAAAUUAAUGAAUCUAAUCAUAAUUUUGCAGCCAUGGAUGUUGAUUGUGAGGAUGAUGAUGUAUAUCAUAUACCAAAAUUAAAAGAUAGCUCUUGGGAAGAUGAAGAAUUUGAUGAGUUGAGAAACGAAAAGCUAGAAAAAGAAUUGAUUCAACUAAUGGGAACAAGCGAAAAUAAUAGAUGUGAAUAUAGAAAUAAUUUUGGAGGAGAAAAUUUGAAUUUUACUGAAUUCAUUAGAUCUGAGAUUAAAGAAGACAAUCCUUCCAUCCUUCAAAACCCACAGCCCAUUAGAAUUAUUUCUAAGCUUGAAAUAUUUCACUCCUCACAAAUUGAACAAAUAUGUAUGGAAGAUAAAAUGGAGCAGGGGAAGAUUAUGCAGAUAAAAGAAGACAUUAAGAAAUGGGUGAGUGGAAGAAUUAGAGAUACCAAUUUAGAUGAAAAAAUUUUAGAUUGGGCAAGAGCUAAUCUGAAAAUUAUACGGCCUGAUCACAUUUUAUGGUUUAUUAAUAGAAAGUAUUUAUUAAUGAAUGAGAGCCUAACAAAACAAGAUAGAAAUAAGGAAAGAUUCUUUUCAAAAUGGAAAUAUUAUUUUUGGGAAAAUUUUGUUAAUUUCCAUUUUAUUUUGGCUGAAAGUAUGUCAAGGUAUAUAUAUGAAGUAUAUGAAUUUAUGCUAAAUCUGAAAAAGAAUAUCAUAAAACUUACCUUGGGAUACAAAUAUAUUUUGAUGGCCAUAGAUCAGCUUAUAUGAUAUAAGAGCUGUCCAGCUGGAGACAUUAAAUUCAGCGCUGCAUGGGAGGCAACCCAUGGUUUUUAUUUCAUUCUGUUUGAUUUUUUUUUAAGCUCUGUUUUUCUUAGAAUUUCGCAGUACUUGUUUCUGUAUUUGUUUUUCUUUCGAAAAAGUGCAGGAGGAGUGUAAGAUGAAGUGGAAAAUUAAAAACGAGGUUGAGGUGAUAUCUUUCUGAGCUUCAUCAUUUAUGAAAAUAUUUUUAAUGCUUAACUUUGCAGAUAUGCAUGCUUCACUUGAAAAUUAUAUUUUCUGCAUAUUCUGUUUCGAGUUUUCUGUGUCAUUGAGGACAAUGUCAUUUUUAAGUUGGGGGGUGAAGUAUUCAUUAUUAAUUUAUGCUGUAGGAUGAUUAAGAACAUGUGUUUGCAUUUUAUUCAACUUAGAACAGCAACUAAAAAAAAUAAAAAUAAAAUAAAAUUCGGAAAAAUUGCAACAUCUAUUUUCUGGUUUUCUGUCAGAAACAACAGACUGUCAAAAACAGAAGACAAAAAACAGCCCGAAAUUUGAAAUUCUAGAAGACCCUUUUCUCACAUUUCAAUCCCCUAGAUAUAUAUUACUGAAAUUCGAAAUUACAGCUAUAAAGAAGAUAGUUUUGAUUUAUUUUUGACAAAUUUAUUGCUGCUAAAAAUAGAACUGAAAACAGAAAACGGAAUUGUCAGAACUAUCUAAUUUACAAAUUCCUUACAUCAUAUUGCAUGCAUGAAAAAUUAAAUCAAUUAGAUUGAUUGAUACCAAAAGAUACUAGGAAGAUUAUUAUUGAGUCAAAAGAAUGAUCUAGUAGCAUGAAAUGUUGGAAUACUCCUUGGAUACAUGAUAGAUAACAUGGAUUUGAUUUUACAGAUUUUCACUUCAUGAUCUUGAUGGAUAAUAUUUACUUGAUGUCAAAAUUUGAUUGAUCAUUUGAGUUUAAUGGAGAUUUUUGCACCCUGAUCUAUAGGACUUGUGAGGAGAAAUCACUUAUUUCAAAAAAAAAAAAAAAAAAAAAAAAGAGAGAGCAAUGUGAAAAAUCUAGAAACGAAGAGUACACAUGGAGGGUGUGAGACAUCAUUCUCAUUGUCGAAAAUCGUGCAUAGAAAAACACUUGCUGAAAAAUAAGUGGAUAAAGUGAAAGCCCUGAAAAUGAAGAGUACACAUGGAGGGUGUGAGACAUCAUUCUUAUUGUCGAAAUUUGUCUACAGGAAAAGCUACUUAUCCACUAUAUAUAUAAAAAAAAAAAAGAAGGAAGAAAUAUAGUGCAAACUUCAAAAAUCAAGUCAUAGAAAAAGGGAAAUGUAAGAUCAAUAUUAUUCUUGGAUGAGUAUUGAUAAUUGGAACAUCUUGUAAAUACAUCUAUGAGUGAAGAAGUGAUAAAGAUGUGAAUAGAAGAAGUGAAGUCUAGAUUGUUAUUCCAAGGAGUGUUUAAACAUUUAAGUGCUUGACAUCAUUCUUAAAUACUUGAUAUAAGAAUCCAAAGUGUUUAAAGGUGCAUCAUUUCUAAUUGUAUUUCUUUUCUGUAUUGAAAUGUGAUGUUUGAGAUUUGUAAAUUUUUAUUUUCGUAAUUCCAUUGCUAAGGGACUAGCAAUGAUUUAAGUUGGGGGGUGUGAUAAGUCUUCAUUAUCAUGAGUUAAUAAUUAGUAAAUAAUAUAGUUUUAGCCUUAACUCAUGAUAAAUAGACUUAUAUUUGUGUUAAAGCAUGAAAAGUGGUUUUCAGUUGAUUAACGUGAAUUUUUGGGUAAUUAUGUGAUUUUAUACGAUUUUUACAGUCUUAGUUUUGAGAUAAACGAAGAACAAGAAAUAAAAAUAAAAAUAUUGCAAAAUGGGGAGACCCGCCGGCCAGCCGGGCCCGCAAGCGGGUCGGAAGCGCAGUCGGGGAGUAGCCGCGAGCAGGGGCUCGAGCGGCUUGCUUGGAUCGAUAGGGGCACGUGUGCGCCACUCCCCUUCCACGUCACCGGUGGUCAGCCGGCUGUGGGGCAAGGAGUGGUCGUACACGCGAGAGGAUUUUGCCUACAAAGCUAACUUUACUAUAUAUUCGCCCAAAUAAUCCGCGCACAACCGAUGUGGGACUAAACCCGCGUCACACCUUGUUCAGGGGCGGGCGACCGCCGCGGGUUCGAAUCCUCCCAGAGUCAAAAUUCAUAUAUUUUUAACUGAUUAUCGCGACUUUCCUGCAGAUCGCCGGUGAAGGAUUAAGCAACCGGAAUCGCUGGAUCAUCGGCGAAAAUCUCGUCAACGCGAUUCGCGGAGCAUUGCUACUAAAAUUUCUGAACGAUUCGCGAUAAAAGGAUCGCAAUCCAUCGAGUAAAUCAUCUCCGAUUGAUCGACGAACAAGCCGUCGUCGGGAAGAGGACGAUCCGCCGGGAGACCAGUCGCCACCUCCUGAGAGCGUACCAGAUGCGAUGAAGAGCCUCCUCUUGCUGCGCGGACCUGAGGAUGAAGCUCCCUAACACGCGCCUCACCUCCAUCCAGCCCCUCUCCGUCGGGUGACAGCCGCCGGAGAGCCGCAAAGUCGCCGUUUUUCCGCUCCGCCGGGUGACAGCCGCCGGAGACGAUUCGACGACCCACUUCAUUGGUCUCUAGACUUCGCGAGAAGAUCUAGAGAUUGCCCACGUCGUCUUUGUCCAAGGAGAGCCUUCGAGGCCGUGGACACUGCACGACGACCCUCCCGAACGCUCAGGAUUCCGGUGCAUCGCCGACGCGUCGCCGUCGCGACGCCGGAACUCUGUUUUCCUGCUUUAUCUAGAGAUUGCCCACGUCGUCUUUGUCCAAGGAGAGCCUUCGAGGCCGUGGACACUGCACGACGAUCCUCCCGAACGCUCAGGAUUCCGGUGCAUCGCCGACGCAUCGCCGUCGCGACGCCGGAACUCUGUUUUCCUGCUUUCAAUUUAAUUUACGCUUCAUUUAGUGAUACUUUGUUGAUUUUUAUUUACCAAACUAUACUUUGUUCAACUACGAUUCUUCCGGCUUUUACAGAUCUUAAUUUGAUUAAUUGAGUCGUCUGUAAUCGCCUACGUAAGAAUCGCCGGGCGGAACUGUGUUUCCGCCUGAUUCGCGUUCGCCGGGCGCUGACGUCAUCCUGACGUCCGCACCCUUAUUUCCUUUUUUUUUCGUGAAUUUUAAAUAUAUUUCCUUUUUAUUUCCUAGUAUAAAAUUCGUAAGAAAAUCGUACUCAUUGAGAAAAAUUCUGAAUAAUUACCAGAUAUCAUAUUACAUCCCUGUGAUCGACCUGGAAAAUUACCGCUAUUUUUGGAAUUUUUAUUGAAUUAUAAUUGAUAUAUUUAUUUAGAAAUACUUCUAAAUAUCCGAAAAUUCGUAUUUUCUAGUUUUAUAAAUUUUAUAUUUGCGUGAUUUAACAUACAACGACUGAGUCACGUCAGGCAAUAAUGGGUAAAUUUAAUGCAAACAUGCCUUACCUUAUGACAAUUUCAAACGAAUUAAGAAGUGUAGUAAAAUUGUGUGAUAGUGUAACAGUGUGGAUGCCCUAGAUGCAAGGCACAUCAUCAUUAGAUUUGAAAAUAGGGAGGGCUUUUGCAUUGUCUGGAGUAGGACGAUGUUGGAAGGUGGAGGAACUGUGGAUGACAACUUUUCAUUGAUCCGCCUUCUUCUCCCAUGGAGUGAACCCACCCUUCACCUUGAUUUGGGUGGGGUUCCCAUGCAUCAAGGUACAUUUUCUUAACCCAUCAGCCCUCAAAUUGAUUGUAUCCAUGAUUGACACAUUCAUUAGUGCUGAUAGAGAUGUAACUCAAUUCACACAACUGGACUAUUCCCAAGUGUGUAGAAGUGAACAUCGCACAGUGCAUCCCCAAAACUAUUAUAAUUAAAAAAGGAUUGAGAGGUCAUAGAGCAAAAGGUGGUUGUGGAAAAUGUAUGAUCCUAUCGUAGUGCAUGUUAGAAGAUUGGCCAUGACAACUGGAACUAUCAUUUCAAUUGAAAGGAGAGGGGGUGCCAAGGGAGGAGAGGGAUGGGGAAUGAGAAGUCUAGGAGAGGAGGAAGCAUGGAGACACUAAGACAUGGAAAUGGGGGGACGAAAGGGUAGAGAUGGGGAAGUGAAGUAAGGCUAUAUGGAGGGCAGGCAAGAUGGACUGGAAACUACUAUAGAAGGAGUUGACAUGGAAGAAGGGAGGAAGAGGAUUGGAGAUGAGCAGGUAAUGAUUACUAGAUCUAUUGUGGGAGUAGUUGGGAAAUCUGUGGAACCACGGAAGACUGGAGCAAGACAAGCUGGAGAGUGUACCAUAGUAGGGACCUCUAGGAUAAGGAAGAUACCCUAGUCAGUCAAAGUGUCCCUUAGGUAGUGAGUCAAGAGGAUCCCAAGAGGGAGGAGGUAGCAAGAGUAGGAGAGGGGGAAGGAUUAUCCCUACUCCUAGUAAGAGAAGCAACAUCAAGGGGGCCACGACCACACUAGUAUCAGAGCCCCAAGGCCCUGUCCAACACACCACACCACAAGGAGAGAAGAUCGAUAGCCAAGGGAAGACGAUUGAGGAGGGAGAUAUUCAAGGCAAGGCAACUGAGGUGUAAUCUCUCAAGGGAAAUCCAAGAGCCUUAGACCCAAGGUUUAUCAUAUUGAAUAUGCAAGCAUGGCUAGAAUAAGGAGGUAGCGUAAGUUCCCGAUUGGUAGCAGUUCGUGUUGGGUUGAUCUUAUGUUGGUCAGUGUGUCACCUCACCAAGCACAUCUGAUAUAAAGGCUCGUGAAGCAUUAUGAUACUAGAAACUUAAGCGUCAUGAUACCAUUAGGGAUAUAAAGAUAAUAAUUAAGGAUUAUUUGGUAAAAUAGACAUUAUCAAUUAUCUUUAAAAUCUUGAUAGCAAUCGUGAAUACGGCAAUCCGUUCUUCCCUUCUUUUGCACAAUCAACGUCUCUGGUGAUCGACAAAGCUCGUUCCUUCCUCCCUUGACUAUACGUAAGGCCUCUAGUGAGUGGUGAGUUCUUUCCUUUUCCCACAGACAACGGUGACAAUGUGGUCAACCCCUCUUUCGAUAGAUCUCUUUGACAAGCGACGCAGCACUUUCAAACAACACUUCUAUGACUUCCAAUGUGGUGUGGCAUGUCCAAAUAAAACUAAGCCGCCACACUUGUCUCCAAUUGUCUAAGAGGCAGAUUAAACUUGGACAAUAAUUUAUUUCUUACUUUUAGUAUUUACUUAUCUUCUUUUAUGGUAAAUUAUUUCUAUUUCAUACAUAUUUUGAUUGAAAUGAGUAAAAUUAAUUCAAAACUUGAUGAACGAUCUUCGUUCUUCUUCUAAAUCCUCUAAAUUUUGUCUUAAAUUAAGCUAGGAUCAUUUUUAACUUAUUUUUUAUUGAUUUUCAUAGUUGAAUCUCGACAUAUUUAUGUUUUCAGUGUUUCACAAAUAAGAAAUAUAUUUUUAUUUUCGAACACGUAGUCACUAAUAGUUGCAAAAUAGUAGUUGCACCUAUAUAUUAAUAUCUUAUAUAUAUAGGUGUUAAUUAAUAGGUAGAUAAUAUAAUUAUACAUGUGUUACUGACUUAUUAUGACAUUAUAAUAUUUUAUCAUUUAAGUCUUAAUAUAUAUUAUUUUACUUAUUUUUAAUUAUAUUAUGAGACUAACCUCACUUUACUUUUAUGAAGUCAAGUGAUGAUUCUCUCACAUUUUUUUGAUAAUUAUUUGCAUACAAAGACUUAAGUGAGCUCUUAUUAUGAGUUGAAAAUAAAAGAAGAAGUCCAAGCCUUCAACAUAAUAAAAAGCCUAAGCCUUAUAGAGAGGGUUGAUGAUAACUCAAGACUUGGGAUGUCGUAGGUCCUAAGUGAGGUUAUUUAAAACUAUUUAUAUUUUUACUAUCAUAAUCAAUCUAAUAAGUAGAGAAGGUAAGAUAGGGGUUGACGUAACUCAGUCAUUAUAUAGUAAAUCAUGUAAAUUUAAAAUUUAUAAAACUAGAAAAUAUAAAUUUUUAGAUAUUUAGAAGUAUUUCUAAAAAAAUAUAUCAAUUAUAAUUCCAUAAAAAUUCCAAAAAUAGUGGUAAUUUUCCAAGUCGAUCAUAAGGAUGUAAUAUAAUAUUUGGUAAUUAUUUAGAAUUUUCCUCAAAGAAUACUAUUUUGUAUGAAUUUUAUAUUAUUAAGUGAAAAGAAAAUAUAUUUAAAAUUCACGAAAAAGUGAAAUAAGGGUGCGGACGUUAGGAUGAUGUCAACGUCUGGCGAAUGCAAAUUAGGCAAAAACAUAGUUCCGCUCAAUGAUUCUUACGUAAGCGAUUAUGUAAGAAUCGUAAAAGCCGAAAGAAUCGUAAUAGAAUGAAGUAUAUCUUGGUAAAUUUAAAAUCAACAAAUUAUCACUAAAUGAAACGUAAAGUAAGUUGAAAGUAGGAAAAUAGAGUUCCGGUGUCAUGGUGACGAUACAUCGGCGAUGCAUUGAAAUCUUGAGCAUUCAGGAGGAUAGUCGUGUAGUGUCCAUGGCCUCGAAGGCUCUCCUUGGACAAGGAUGAUGUGGCCAAUUUCUAGAUCUCCUUGCAAAGUCUAGAGAUCAAUAAAAUAGGUUGUCGAAUCGUCUCCGGCAGCUAUCACCCGGUGGAGCGGAAAAAUAGCAACUUUGCAGCUCUCCGGAAGAUGUCACCUAACGGAGAAGAGCUAGAUGGAGGUGGGGCGCGUGUCAAGGAGCUUCAUCCUUAGGUUCGCGCAGCAAGAGGAGGCUCUUCAUCGCAUCUAGUACGCUCUCAAGAGGUGGCGACUCGUCUCUCGGCUGAUCGUCCUCUUCCCAAUGAUGGCUUGUUUGUCAAUUAAUCGGAGAUGAUUUACUUGAUAGAUUCGUGAUCCUUUUAUUGCGAAUCGUUCAAAAAUUUUAGUAACAAUGCUCCCUGAAUCAUGUUGACGAAAUUUUCACUGAUGAUCUAACAAUUCUAGUUGCUUAAUCCUUCAUCGGUGAUCUAUAGUAAAGUCACGAUAAUCAGAUAAAAAAUAUAAAUUUUGGCUCUAGGAGGAUUCGAACCCACACUGGUUGUUCGCCUUUUUUAGGGAGGUGACAUAGGUUUAGUCCCACAUCAGUUGUGCACUGAAUUUUUGGGCGAAUAUAUAGUAAUGUUAGAUUUUUAAGUAAGUCCCUUUCUCACGUAUGUACAGCCACUCUUUGUCCCACAGUCAGUUGACCACUGGUGACAUGGAAAGGGAGUGGCACAAAUGUGCCUUAUCGGUCCAAGUUGCUCGAGCCCCUAGCUCACGACUCCUCCUUGACUGGACUUUCGAUCCACUUGUGGGCCCAACUGGUUGGUGGGACUCCCUAUUUUACAAUAUUAUAUUUUUAUUUCUUUUUUUUCAUUUAUCUCAAAAGUAAGACUAUAAAAAUCAUAUAAAAUCACAAAAUUACUCAAAAAUUCACGUUACUCAAUUGAAAACUACUUUGCAUACUUUAACACAAAUAUAAGUCUAUUUAUCAUGAGUUAAGGCUAAAACUAUAUUAUUUACUAAUUAUUAACUCAUGAUAAUGAAGACUUAUCAAGAGUCGAACCACAAGGAGAAAGACUAAUGAUCUUAAGAAAUCUUAAGUAAUGAGAAGAAAUAAGUAAGAAAAUUGACAAGAGAAAGAGAGAUGGGAGAUGAGUGGCAGAUGAAAAAUAUGAGUGAAAUGAGGUGUAAUGAAGGAAACCCUAGAUCAUGAUUGACCUAGGGAGUGUAGAAAAGAAGUUUUGAGAGUAUUUUAAUGAGAAAUAGUGGUUGAGGUUGAUAAAGAAUAAUGUAACUACUAAAAAUAUUGGUGUCAUAUGUUGGAAGAAAACACUUUGAUCUUGUGAUUUCUGACUAUAGUGAGUGUUUUAAGUUUUUCUUAAGCUAGAUUUUCAAGAAGACAUUUAGGUAAGUGCUAAAAGAAGAAAAGAGAGUGUCGCCGCACAUCACAUACAACAGUGCACCAAAUAUAUAUAAAACUUAUGUGGCUGAAACGUGUCGUUAAUUGGGGAAAAUUAUGGAAAAACCCUUAGAAUGUGUGAAAUAAUAUAUAUAUAUCCCUAAAUUACUUAAAUAUCCUCAACUCAAAUAUAUCAAAAUAAAUUCAAAAAAAUCAUAAAAAAUUCAAAAAUAUUUGUGAAAUAAGUAUUUUUUAUAAUAAUUAUGAAGUUACUAUUUGGCUAUUUUAUGGAUGAUAACAUGCUAAAACAAGAUAUUUAAUCCUAAAAUAUAUUCACUUUAAGGUAAUUAAUGAGUAGUUUUAACAUACUAUCAGUUGGCCUAAUAUAUUUAUGGCCCAAGAGAGAGCAUCAUCUUGGCCUAGCCCAUUUGGACUUAAAAGGGCUAUCAAGAGAUGAGAUCUAGGCCGCCUAUCUUAGGGCACCUUAAGAUGAGAUUAAAAGAAGGAUUAGAGCACCACCCUCAUGAAAUGAUCUAGGCCGUCCACUAAGAGAGUUGGUUAUUAAUCAUAACCAUCCAUUAGAGGGGCCUAAUUCUCGAGAGGAUUAAGGUAUUUCACCCCCUUCUUAGAGGGCGCUUUUUGGCUCUCUCUUUAGUAGUGACUAGUUAAAGGAAAUAAGAGAAAAAUCAAGGCCUGAUUAAAAGCAUUCCCGUGCCUAAAAUCAUCAUGAAGAAGAGAUUACUUGAAGCGUAUCAAGAUCAUCUUGGAUCAAGUAUCAUUCGACUUAGAACUAACGCACAACGAGGUUUGUGCAAUGUCCAGAUUUUGGAUGUCUUUGUAAUCCUCUCCAUAGAUAAAUUAACUUUUAAUUUGAAUUAGUUUUAUCAUUUAUUUUAUCAUUUCAUUACAUUAGAUCUAUUUUAUCCUCUUUGUCACGUUUUUCAUAACUCUUGUCUUUACUCUUUUACAUUUAAUUUCACCCUUCACAAUCUCAAGGAUAUAUAUAUAUAUAUAAAAUAAAAUAAGUGAAAUUCUUACUUACAAUACCCAUGCUCUUUAAGGAUCGACCCUUACUUAUCAUAAAUAUAAGAGUAAGAUUUUAUAAAUAUUAUUUACAUGAAUUUGAUUGUGUCACAACAACAUAUUUAAAUUUUAAUUUGAGUUCAUUAGUCAUUGAGAUUAAAGGCUGAUUAAUGAGAAUCUAAUGGUUAAAGCAAAUUAGAGACAUUCAUGACUAAUCGACGCGACUCAAUCAUUGUAUAUUAAAUCACGUAAAUAUAAAAUUUAUAAAACUAAAAAAAAUAAAUUUUUGAAUAUUUAGAAGUAUUUAUGAACAAAUAUAUCAAUUAUAAUUCAAUAAAACUUCCAAAAAUAGCAAUAAUUUUCCAGGUCAAUCAUAGGGAUGUAAUAUAAUAUCUGGUAAUUAUUUAGAAUUUUCUUUAGAUAAUACUAUUUUAUAUGAAUUUUAUACUAAGAAAUGAAAAUGAAAUAUAUUUAAUAUUCACAAAAAAAGGAAAUAAGGGUGCGGGCAUCAAGAUGAUGUCAGCACUUGGCAAAUGCGAAUCGAGCAGAAAUAGAGUUCCACCCAGUGAUUCUUACAUAAGCACUUACAUAUGAUUUAAUUAAUCAAAUUAAGAUUUGUAAAAGUUGGAAAAAUCGUAAUUGAGCAAAGUGUAUUUUGGUAAAUUAAAAAUACAAAAAUUAUCACUAAAUGAAGCAUAAAGUAAAUUGAAAAUAGAAAAACAGAGUUCCAGUGUCAUGACGGCGAUGCGUCAGCAAUGCACCAGAAUCUUGAGCGUUCAGGAGGAUUGUCGUGUAGUGUCCAUGGCCUUGAAGGCUCUCUUUGGACGAAGGUGACGUGGGCAAUCUCUAGAUCUUUUCGUGAAGUCUAGAGAUUAAUGAAAUGGGUCGUCGAGUCAUUUCCGGUGGCUGUCACUUAACAGAGCGGAAAAACGGUGACUUUGCGGCUCUCUAGCGACUGUCACCCAACAGAGAGGAGCUAGAUGGAGGUGGGGCGCAUGUCAAGGAGCUUCAUCCUCAGGUCCGCACAGUCAAAGGAGGCUCUUCAUCACAUCUGGUACGCUCUUAGGAGGUGGCGACUCGUCUCCUGGCAGAUCAUCAUCUUCCCAACGAUGGCUUGUUUGUCGAUCAAUCGGAGAUUAUUUACUUGAUGGAUUUGUGAUCUUUUUAUCGCGAAUCAUUCAGCAAUUUUAGUAGCAAUGCUCCGCGAAUCGCGUUGACGAGAUUUUUGGUGAUGAUCUAGCGAUUCUCGUUGCUUAAUCCUUCACCGACGAUCUGUAGGAAAGUCGCGAUAAUCACAUAAAAAUAUAUGAAUUUUGACUAUGAGAGGAUUUGAACCCACACCAGUCGCCUGCCUCUUCUAAAGAAGGUGUGACGGGGGUUUAGUCCCACAUCGGUUGUGCGCCAAUUUUUCAAGCAAAUAUAUAGUAAUGUUAGCUUUCUAAGCAAAGUCCCUUCUCUCACGUGUACGAUCACUCCUUGCCUCACAACUAGCUAGCCAUUGGUGAUGUGGAAGAGGGAGUGGCACACACGUGCCCUUAUCGGUCCAAGCUACUCGAGCCCCUACUCACGGCUACCCCCCGAUUGUGCUUCUAACUCGCUUGCAGGCCCGGCUGGCCAGCGGGUCCCCCCAUUUUUGUAAUAUUUUUAUUUUUAUUUAUUUUUCUUUAUUUAUCUCAAAAGUAAGACUAUAAAAAUUAUAUAAAAUCACAUAAUUACCCAAAUUUUCACUUUAAUUAACUGAAAACCACUUUUCACACUUUAACACAAAUAUAACUAUAUUUAUCAUGAGUUAAGGCUAAAACUAUAUUAUUUACUAAUUAUUAACUCAUGAUAAUGAAGACUUAUCACUAACCUUAUGUCAUGUGUGUGAAUUCUCGAGCACACAUCCAUCUAAGAAUAAUGUUUACCAUGAAAAUAAGUUGACCGUAUUUCUCUCCUUCUUUAUCUUUGUCUUAUAUAUAUAUAUAUAUAUAUGUCAUGAGACUGCUUCUUCUCUCUCCAUCUCUCGUGAGAUCUCUCCCUUUCUCUUGAUCAAUCUCUUUCUCUUUCUCUCUAACAAUUGAUCUUCCUCUCUCUUCUCUCUCUCUCCUCUCUCUUUCUCGUGAGACCUUUCUCUAUCUCUAUCUCACAUGAGAUUUCCUUCUCUCUCUCCUCUCUCUUUCUCAUGAGACCUUUCUCUAUCUCUAUCUCAGAUGAGAUUUCCUUCUCUCUCUUCUCUCUCUCUCUCCAUCUCACAUGAGAUUUCUUUCUCUCUCUUCUCUCUCUCUCUCCAUCUCACAUGAAACUUUUCCUAUCUCUUCUCUCUCUCUUUUUCUCCUUCCUUUUCUUCACUUCCCUUCUUUAUUCUUCUCACCUCACCCUUCUAUUUUAUUAUUUAUAUUAAAUAUUAAUAUAAUAUUAAAAUUACUUUAUAUAUAAACUAAAUUACUUUUCAUGACAAAUUGAUCAAUCUCCCUAUGUUCGACCUAAGACUUACUUCUAUAUUAAUCUUUUAUUAAGUUUUAGUUAUAAAUAUUAUUAGAUAAUGUGCAUUUAAGCACAAUGACAAGUGCACAUCAUCUUUUUGGCAUCAUUGUUGAGGAGAUUUGUUUUCAAUUAGUGUUAAUUGAUUUAGUUUUUUUCAUAUUUCAGUGAUUUUUUUAAAAAUAUAAUUAUUAGACCUUUCAUUAUUUUUAUUAUUUCAUUUAAAUAUUAUUUCGAAAAAUGAAAAAAAAGUUUAUUAGGCUCAAUUGAUUUCUAUUUAUUUCAUAAAUUAGAAUUUUAACUCUUUAAUUUCUAUUUAUUUACUUGAGUAUUUUAAAUUUCACAUUAAUUUUAUACUUCUCUUUGACAUACUUAUUAGAAUUAUAUAUUCAUGUCAUGAUCAUUGCUAUAUUUAAAUUAUAAAAAACUUAAUUAAUGAAUGGUAGAUACAGCUUGCAACCAAUCUUAGAAAAUCUAACUACCAACCAAUCUAAGAAUUUAGGAGCACAAGAAAAAUGAAAUUUACCACCCAUGUUAAUGACUCCAAUAAUAGAAAAAGGAAAAAAAUCAUCUUCUAUUGAAGUAGAAUCACCUAGAAUGGAUCAUCCAGCCUAAGAGAGUGAGAAUGUUGAAAAUACUCAACUUUAUAAACCUAUAUGUGAUUAUUAUACACUUGAUUUAUAUAGACUUACUUUGCAAGUUAUACCUCUUAUUUUGCCAAAUGCUCAUUUUGAUAUUCAUCAUAGCACUCUACAAAUACUUUCUGAAUUUCGUGGGUUAACUAAUGAGGAACCACAUCAACAUAUUCUUUGUUUUCUAGUUGCAUGUGAACUUAUUCAUUUUCCUAAUAUUCCUUAAGAUACACUUAGGUUACGUCUCUUCUCAUAUUCAUUGCAUGAUAAAGCUAGAGAUUAGCUCACAUCAUUACCACAUGAAAUCACCACAUAAUUAGAACUAGAGCAAGUAUUUUUAGAAAAUUCUAUCCCAUUUGCAAGACUUAUGCCAUCUAGAAAGUCAUUCUCCAAUUUACUCAAAAAUUAGGAGAAGUAUUCCAUGAAUCUUGAAAAAGAUUCAAGGAGCUUUAAAGGAGAUGUCCACAUCAUGAAAUUACCAAAUGACAAUUAAAUCAUAAAAACAGUAUAGAUGCUACAUGUGGAGGCACAUUCAUGAGUAAUGAUGAGGAUGAAAUUUAUAAAUUAUCUAAAAAUUUAAGUAGAAAUUCUGCUAAAAGUGAAUAUUUUGCUUUAUAUGAUCACAACAAUAAUGAAAAUAAAAGAAAAAUAUUUGAGAUUAGAAAUAAUGAUACAUUAGACAUUAGAAAUGAAGUUAGUGAGGUUCAUCAAAAGUUAAAUGUUUUAUAUAAUCAUUUGCUACAUAAAAAGGGACACAAUAUUCAUAUUAUAGAUGUUCAUCAUGUGAUAGGACUGAUCAUUAUAAAUCUAAAUAUCCUAAUUUAGAUCAAGAGCAUACACAUGCACUUCAUGAUCAUAGGAAUCAGUCAAAUCCUUAGAAAAUUAGAAUAAUUUUUUAAAUUCUCAAAAUCAUGUCAUGCAUUAUCAAUCAUUUCAUAGACCUAAUCAUGCAUUUAGACCUCCUCAUCAACCACAAUAUAAUGCUAAGCCCUCUUUUCAUCAAAAUAGUCAUAAUUUCUAGCAAGGUACUCAUUAGCUACUAGCCCACAAUUUCACCCCUUCUUCUACAAGUUCGGUCCCCAAUUUUAACCCACAAUAUCCUAAUUCAUAUCAAAAUCAAUCUGAUAUGAAUUCAAAAUCAGUGCAACAGUUUAUGGGACAAAUGAUGUAAUAAUUUCAGGAAAUAAAUAUAUCUAUGAUGAAAAUGAGGGAGAAAAUUAGAUAAGAAAAUCAGCAAACAACUCUUAGGUUAGAAAAAGAGAUAGGUAAAUUAGUCUUGGCCAAUUCAAAAUGUGAAACAGGUCAUCUUCCUAGUCAACCCAUCAUGAAGUCAAAAUCAGUCUUCUAAUAGCGAUGAACCAUCUACAUCUCAAGGUUUUGAAAAUGUAGAAGUGAUGACAACUUUUAGGAGUGGAAUGCAACUCAAAGAUUCAUAUGCAUCAGAUUUUCUAGAAAAAUACGUUAAUAAUGAUGAAGUGCUGAAUGAUGAGGAUAAUGAACAUAAUAGUUUAUUUUCUGAUGAUGAGAAUUUAGAGGAAGAAAAAUAAGAAUCAAAAAAAGAAAAAUCAAAAAUACCAACCAUUCCUAUUUUAUCAUAGCAAGAUGAACUUAGAAAAAUAGUCCCUUUUCCUAAGAUAGUAGAACCAAAACUUAGGAAAAGAGUUGAACCUAAUGAAGAACUUAUGGAAAUAUUUAAACAAGUUCAUAUCUCUAUUCCUUUGGUAGAUGUAAUUAAACACAUACCUACAUAUGUGAAAUUUUUAAAAGAAUUAUACACACUAUUAAAGCUAGAUUUUUGUGUUUUAAUUAGUUUUAUUAUUUUAUUUUAUUUUAUUUUAUUAACUUGAAAACUAAAUAUAGAAUGUUGUGUUAAUUUUAUAAGUUUGAAGUUAAAAUAUUCGUGUAAUUUUAUAUCAUUUAAAAAUAUAUACAAAAUAAAUUAUAAAAAUAUUCUGCCCAUUGGCAAGUCAACACUCAACAAUUGACCUAGAGGGGUAGUGCAAUCGAGUGGGUAGACUCAAAUAAGGAGAGCCACGAGUUGGGCUCGAGUGGCAAAGGACUCACUACAUGCACAUGUGCAUCACUCCCCUUCCAUGUCCUAGUGGCCAACCAGUCAUGGAGCAAGGAGCAUCCGUACGCACAUGCACGCACGAAGGUGGACCCCCUUUUUGCCUUCUCCCAAGAUAGUCAUGAGCAUUAUUUUAUUUCAGGAGAAGGGAUCUCUACUAAGAGAAUAACUUUGAGUUAUAUUCAGCUUAAAUCAUCUCAAACUUUUGAUGUGGGACUAACUAUUUUCAUAUGUUUCAGUGCAGUCAUUUGGAGUGUUGUGUGAUCUAGUGGUAUUUAGCAAGCCACAUCAUCGGUGGAUAUAAUGCCAUGAUAUUAGAUGUGUAAAGUGAUCCAUCAACAAUUUGUGAAUCUAACAUCGUGAUAAGUCUUCAUUAUCAUGAGUUAAUAAUUAGUAAAUAAUAUAGUUUUAGCCUUAACUCAUGAUAAAUAGAUUUAUAUUUGUGUUAAAAUAUGAAAAGUGUUUUUCAAUUGAUUUACGUGAAUUUUUGGGUAAUUAUGUGAUUUUAUAUAAAUUUCUAUGAUUUUUAUAGUCUUAUUUUUGAGAUAAAUGAAGAAAAAGAAAUUAAAAAAAAAACAAAAUGGGGUGGACCCGCUGGCCAGCCAAGCCCGCAAGCGAGUCUGAAGCGUAGUUGAGUAGCCGUGAGCAGGGGCUCGAGCAACUUGGACCAAUAGGGGCACGUGUGCGCCACUCCCCUUCCACGUCACUAGUGGCCAGCCAGUUGUGGGGCAAAGAGUGGUCGUACAUGCACGAGAAAGGGACUUGCUUGCAAAUGUAACAUUAGAGUAUAUUCGCCUGACACUUUGGCGCACAAGCGAUGUGGGACUAAACCUACAUCACACCUUCCCCAGAAAGGGCAGGCAACCAGCACGGGUUCGAAUCCUACUAGAGUCAAAACUUAUAUUUUUUUAUCUAAUUAUCAUGACUUUCCUACAAACUGCCGGUGAAAGAUUAAGCUGCCAAAAUUGUUGGAUCAUCGACAAAAAUCUUGUCAAUGUGAUUUGCAAAGCAUUGUUACUAAAAUUACUAAACGAUUCACAAUAAAAAGAUUGUGAAUCCAUCGAGUAAGGCAUCUCCAAUUAAUCAACAAACAAGUCGUCGUCAGGAAAAAGAUGAUCCGUCGAGAGACGAGUCACAACCUCUUGAGAGCAUGCCAAAUGCAAUGAAGAGCCUCCUCUUGUUACGUGGACCUAAGGAUGAAGCUCCCUGACACAUGCCCCACCUCCAUCCAACUCCUCUCUGCGAGUGACAGCCGCAAGAGAACUGCAAAGUUGUUGGUUUUCGCUUCGUCAGGUGAUAGUCACCAGAGACGAUUCGAUUACCCAUUUCAUUGAUCUCUAGACUUUGCAAAGAGAUUUAGAAAUUGUCCACGUCGUCCUUGUCUAAGGAAAACCUUCGAGGUCAUGGACACUACAUGACGAUCCUUCCAAACACUCAAGAUUCUGAUGCAUUGCUGAUGCAUCACCGUCGUGACGCCAAAACUCUGUUUUCUUACUUUCAACUUACUUUACCUUUCAUUUAGUGAUAAUUUGUGUGAUUUAAAUUUACCAAGAUAUACUUCAUUUAAUUACGAUUCUUUCGACUUUUAUAAAUCUUAAUUUGAUCGAUUAUAUCAUUUGUAAUUACUUAUGUAAGAAUCACCAGGUGGAACUUUGUUUUUGUCUGAUUCACGUUUGUCGGGAGCUGACGCCAUCUUGACGUCCGUACCCUUAUUUCCCUUUUUCAUGAAUUUUAAAUAUAUUUAUUUUUCAUUUCCUAGUAUAAAAUUUAUAUAAAAUAAUAUUCUUUGAGAAAUUUUUUUAAUAAUUACCAAAUAUUAUAUUACAUCCCUAUGAUCGGCUUGGAAAAUUAUCGCUAUUUUUAGAAGUUUUAUUAAAUUAUACUAGAUAUAUUUGUUCAGAAAUACUUUUAAAUAUCUAAAAAUUCAUAUUUUUUAGUUUUAUAAAUUUUAAAUUUGCGUGAUUUACUAUACAAUGACUAAGUCACGUCACAUCGCUCAACACGAACAUAGAUUUAAAAGAUGAUUUGAUGACUAAGGAGUUUCCACAAUACUAGGAACUUAAGCUCUUGCAUAUAUCAUUGUCAAGAAUUGAUGUGCACUUGUCGUUGUAUUUAAAUACACAUUAUCUAAUAAUAUUUACGACUAAGACUUAAUAAAAUAUUAGUAAAGAAGUAAGUAUUAGGUCUAACACAGAGAGAUUGAUUAAUUCAUCAUGAAAACUAAUUUAGUAUACAUAAAAAGUGAUUUUAAUAUUUUAUCCUUAUUUAAUGGAAAUCAUAAAAUAGAAGGGUGAUGUGAAAAGAAUAAAGAAGGAAAAUGAAGAAAAGGAAGGAGUAAAAUAGAGAGAAAAGAGAGAGCUCUCACUAGAGAGAGAGGGGGUGAGAUCUCCCAUGAAAGGGAGAGAAAGAGAGAGGAGGAGAGAAAGCUCUCACGAGAGAGAGAAGGGAUGAAGUCUCUCGCGAAAGGGAGAGAAAGAGAGAAGAGGAGAGAAAACUCUCACGAGAGAGAGAAGGGAUGAGAUCUCUCACGAAAGGGAGAGGAAGAGAGAGCAGAGAGAAAUAAGAUGAAAAUGAAGAAAGAUAGAAAUACGGUCAAUCCAUUUUCAUAGUGACCAUUAUUCUCAAAUAAAUAUGUGCUCGAGAAUUCAAACACAUGACAUGAGGUCAGCCGUGAACAUCUUUAAUUUAUUGUAACCAUUAAAUGCUCAUUAAUCAGCCUUUAAUCUUGGUGAUUUCACAUUUAAAAAUAGAAAAAUACUUCUUAUUCAUGAAAUGCCAAGAACAUGAAUCAAGAUUUGACAGUAAAAAUCAAUAAAAAAUAAGUUUUAAAUGAUUUUACCUUAAUUUUAGACAAGUUUCAGAGGAUUCAGAAAAAGAAUGAAGAUCAUUCAUCAAGUUUUGAAUUAGUUCUACUCAUUUCAAUCAAAAUAUUCAUGAAAUAGAAAGAACUUAUUGUAAAAUAUAAAUAAAUGACAAAAGUAAGUAAGUCCUAAAAGUAUAGAAUAAAUCAUUGCCCAAGUUUAGUUUGCCUCAUGGGCAACUAGAGACAUCGGUGUGGCUGGUUUCAUUCGGACAUGCUACACCACGUUGGAAGUCAGUAGAAGUAUCAUUUGGAAGCACUUUACCACUUGUCGGAGAGAUCCAUUGAAAGAGGGGUCGACUAUGUUGACAAUGUUGUCUAGAGGGAGAAGACUCACUAGAGACGUCAAUCAUGCAAAAGGAUGGAAGAACAGAUUGUCAUUUUUGUGUCAACUGUCGAGAUUUUAAAGAUAAUUGAUAAUAUCUAUUUACUAUAUAAUAAUCAAUUAUUGUCUUUAUAUCCCUAAUGAUGGUAUGUCUGAGAAUUGAAAUUCCUAGUAUCAUGGCAUUUCAAGAGCCACUAGAUCAAAUGUGCUUGGUCACAUUGCCCACUAAGCCAAACAAGAUCAACUUGCCGCGAACCACAGUCGAUUGAGAACUUAAGUUCAUGGUACCAUAGUGCCACUUUAGCCGUCAAAUCAUCCUUUAAGGUCAUGUGCAUGCUGAGUGGUGUCAAAUUUCAAACCGUUGAUGGAUCACUUUACACAUCUAGUAUCGUGGUGGUUUGUCACCUGCAAGAUCAGGUUAAUUUGAUGAUGUGGCUCACUAAAUACUACUGGAUCACAUUGUGCUUUAGAUGACUAAGCUGAAAUGGACAAAAAUGGUUAGUCCCACAUCAAAAGCUUGCCACCAUUUAAGCUGAAGAUAAAUCAAAGUUUCUCUCUCUUAGUAAAGAUCCCUUCUCUCAAAAAAAAAUAAUGCCUAGGACCAUCUUGAGAGAAGGCAAAAAGGUGGUCUGUGAUAUGCCUUAGUCAUUGUAUAUUAAAUCACGCAAAUCUAAAAUGUAUAAAACUAGAAAAUAUGAUUUUUUUGAUAUUUAGAAGUAUUUCUAAACAAAUAUAUCAAUUAUAAUUCAAUAAAACUUCCAAAAAAAUAGUAGUAAUUUUCCAAGUCAAUCACAAGGAUGUAAUAUAAUAUCUGGUAAUUAUUCAAAAAUUUUCUCAAAGAAUACUAUUUUCUAUGAAUUUUAUACUAAGAAAUGAAAAAAAAUAUAUUUAAAAUUCACAAAAAAGGGAAAUAAGGGUGCAGACGUCAAGAUGAUUCUUACGUAAGCGAUUAUAGACAAUUUAAUUUAUCAAAUUAAGAUUUGUAAAAUCAAAAGAAUCAUAAGUGAACGAAGUAUAUUUUGGUAAAUUAAAAUCACAUAAAUUAUCACUAAAUGAAGCGUAAAGUAAGUUGAAAGUAGGAAAAUAGAGUUCCGAUGUCACAACAGUGAUGCGUCGACAAUGCACUAAAAUCCUGAGUGUUUGGGAGGAUAGUCAUGUAGUGUCCAUGGCCUUGAAGGCUCUCCUUGGACAAGGAUGAUGUGAGCAAUCUCUAGAUCUCCUUACAAAGUUUAGAGAUUAACAAAAUGGGUCGUUGAAUCAUCUCUAGCGGCUAUCACCCGGCGAAGCGGAAAAACAGCAACUUUGCGACUCUCCGGCGGUUGUCACUUGCUGGAGAGGAGUUGGAUGGAGGUAAGGUGCAUGUCAAGGAGCUUCAUCCUCAUGUCCGUGCAGCAAGAGGAGGCUCUUCAUCGCAUCUGGUACGCUCUCAAGUGGUGGUGACUUGUCUCCCGGUAGAUCAUCCUCUUCCUGAUGACAACUUGUUCGUCGAUCAAUCGGAGAUGAUUUACUCGAUUCACGAUCCUUUUAUCGUGAAUCCUUCAACAAUUUUAGUAACAAUACUUUGCGAAUUACAUUGACAAGAUUUUCACUGAUGAUCUAGUGAUUUUAGUUGCUUAAUCCUUCACCAGCGAUCUAUAGGAAAGUUGCGAUAAUCAGAUAAAAAUGUGAGUUUUGGCUCUGGGAGGAUUCGAACCCACGCCGGUUGCCCCCCCUUUCGAGGGAAGGUGACGCGGGUUUAGUCCCACAUCAAUUGUGCGCCAAAGUUUCUAGCGAAGAUAAAGUAAUAUUACAUUCAUGAUCAAGCAUGUGUGUACGACCACUCCUUGUCCCACAGUCAACUGGCCACCAGUGACGUGGAAGGGGAGUGGCGCACACGUGCCCCCAUUGGUUCAAGCCACUCGAGCUCCUACUCACGGCUACUCCCCAACUACGCUUCUGACCCACUUGCCAGCCCAGCGGGUCCCCCCAUUUUGUAAUAUUUCUAUUUUUAUUUCUUAUUCUUCAUUUAUCUCAAAACUAAGACUGUAAAAAUCAUAUAAAUUCGUAUAAAAUCACAUAAUUACCCAAAAAUUCACGUUAAUCAAUUGAAAACUACUUUUCACACUUUAACACAAAUAUAAGUCUAUUUAUCAUGAGUUAAAACUAAAACUAUAUUAUUUACUAAUUAUUAACUUAUGAUAAUAAAGACUUAUUAGUUUACCCUCGCACAAGCACGUGUGUAUAGAUACUCCUUGCCCCACGACCAGUUGACCACCAAGAUGUGAAAGGGGAGUGACGCACACAUGCAUAGAGUGAGUCCUUCAUCACUCAAGCCCAGCUCAUAGCUCCUUAAUAAGUCUUCAUUAUCAUGAGUUAAUAAUUAAUAAAUAAUAUAGUCUUAGCCUUUACUCAUGAUAAAUAGAUUUAUAUUUAUGUUAAUUUAUGAAAAAUAGUGUUAGUGGAUUAAUGUGAUUUUUUUGUUAAUUAUAUAAUUUUAUAAAAAUAUAUAUGAUUUUUAUAAUUCUAUUUUUGAAGAUAUAUGAAGAAAAAGAAAAUUUAAAAAAAUAGAAAAAAAGGACCUACCGACCAGUUGGGCCCGCAAGUAGGUCAGAAGUGCAAUCAAGGCAGAGCCACAAGUAGAGACUUGAGUAGCUAUAGACCGAUGGGGGCAUGUGUGCACCACUCCCCUUCCAUGUCACUAGUGGCCAGCUGGUUGUGAGACAAGGAGCAGUCAUACACACGAGAAAGGGGCUCAUUACUUAUAAAUUUGAUAUUACUCUAUAUUUGUCCAAAACUUCGACAAACAAAUGAUGUGAGACUAAAGCCAUGUCACACCUUCCCUAGAAUGAUGUCGAUUAUUUCAAUACUUAAGAUACCUAUUAGUUAUAAGAAUGAUAUAGCAUGAUGACACCCCUUUAUAAGGGUAUUAUAGUACUUAUUUCACUCCCUCUCAUGUAAGCAAAUGACUAGCACAGGUUUAAAUCUUUUUGAAGUCAAAAAAUAUUUUUUUAUCUAAUUAAAUCGUGAUUUUUUUACAUAUCGCUGGUGAAGUAUUAAGUCAGCAAAUUGCUUAAUCAUCGAUAAAAAUCUUGUCAAUGUGGUUCGCAAAGCAUUGUUACUAAAAGUACUGAAUGAGUCGCAAUAAAAGGAUCGUGAAUCCAUCAAGUAAAUCAUCUCCGAUUGAUCAAUGAACAAGUAGUCGUCAAGAAGAUGAUGAUCUACUAAAAGAGUAAUAAUAUAUUGAUUAUGACAUUUAUAAUGUAGCAUGUUAUCUUAUUAAAAAUAAAUAUUUAUUAUUUUUUUAGGUAUUUCAUUGAGUUUGAUAUUUUUUAAAAGUUUUAAUAAUUUUUCUUUGAGUUUUACAAUCAUAAUUAAUUUUUUAUUAAUAUGAGAGAAUUUUAGAGAUUUUUAAUUUCUUUUUAUGGUUUUUAGGAGGCCAAUAUAUGCUUCAACGGACAAGAUCUGAUAUGUGGAGAUGAGGCAACGAAAUCAAGGGUUGAGGCAUUGACACACAGCAUCAUCAAAUGA